GCUGGAGAGAGAGAGGAGACGUUUGGUGCUUUACUGAGGCUGCUGGAGAAGACAGACAGACACAUUCUUAAUGCUGCUUUCUAGGAGCUAGACAAUCUCACAGGAACCUUUACUAUUAUACACAACAACACACACACACUUCAUACACUCUCUGAACCCACACACACCCCACCCACACACACCCCACACACACUCUCUCAGCAUCAUGUUGGAGGAGAAGAAGACCAAGGUGAAGAUCACGUUCUUCGUCAUCCUGGUGGGCAUCUCCUGCAUGCUGGCUGCCAUGGUGACGGACCACUGGACUGUACUGAGUCCGCCGUUUGACAAAUUCAACGCCACCUGCGAGACGGCCCACUUUGGCCUCUGGAAGCUCUGCAUGAAGACCAUCUUCAUGGUGGAAGAGGACCCAGAGGGCCAGGGCUGUGGCCCCAUCAGUCUGCCCGGAGCCAAGAACUGCUCCUACUUCAAACACUUCACUAAGGAAGAAGAGGCAGAAGGGUUUGAAGCCAAAACUCAGAAAGAGUACAACCUCUCAGCAGCGGCCAUCGCUGUGUUCAGCCUGGCCUUCAUGACCCUAGGGUCGCUGUGCGUCAUGUGCUCCUUCGGGAAGGGGCGGGACUACCUGCUGAGGCCUGCUGGGAUGUUCUUUGCCUUCGCAGGUCUCUGCAUCAUCAUCUCUGUGGAGGUGAUGCGUAACUCCACCAAGCGGAUGAUUGACAGUGAGGAGACCGUCUGGGAACAGUACUACUACUCCUGGUCGUUUGAAUGUGCCUGCGCCUCCUUUGUCCUCCUGGUCUUCAGUGGCCUCAGCCUGUUGAUCAUCUCCAUGCCCCAGAUGCCACGCAACCCCUGGGAGACCUGUAUGGAUGCAGAGCCAGACUCUAUGGAGCCCUUAGACUAGUGGUAGUAGAUCAGACUAGAACAGAUUAGACCUGACCAGAUCAACUCUUGGGAGACCUGCAUGGACACAGUCAGACUCCAUGGAGCCCAUAGACUAGUAGUAGACUCCACUAGAACAGACCAGAUAAGAAAAGAUUGAAACAGAACUGACCAGACUAGUCUAGUCUAGACCAGACCAGACCAGACUAGACCAGGGGAAUCUUCAACCAAGGCUGCCAAAACCAUACAUUUUUUAUAGAAUCCAACUGAAGAUAAACUAACUUGAGGCUGGUGGUGGGGGCAACAGAGUUAAGGAUACAGAGGAAUGAGAGUGGGGCACCCCGCCUAAGUAAUGGUAGAAGGGGAAACAAUACACUACACUGAUUGGUUUUAAGUGUACAGAUAAAGAUAAGAUGUAAGGCAGGAACUCUGAGCAGUCCUCGAGGGCCACAGAUGUUCGUUUCUUUGGUCCUUAACUGAUACAUUUGUUUCAUUGAUUGCAGAGAGUGUCCACUCUCCUGGUCCAUAUCAUCCGUUACUAAGCAACAGACACUGUGGCACUUGAGGACUGCCCUGAUAUAGGGUGUGUUCGUAAAUUCACCAUGGCAACCUACUCCAAUUGCAGACCACUCUGGUUGGAGAGUGCCAGAGCGCAGAAUAAUUUAUGAAUUUCCGAACUCCCUAAACUCGGUUGUUAUGACAGAUGUAAGUAAACAUCGACAAAAAAACGGAAUUCAAUUGUUGCCAGUAAUACAGUUACAUUCACUAACCCUCUUGAUAACAUGAAAACACUCUAGCACCUCUAGCAGCUCUGCAAUGGUGAGUAACAUGUUCAGAGUGAGGUGUUCUCUCAUUUGUGUCUGGAAGUAGCUAGCAAGUAAGCUAACCAAGUUUAGCCAGUUAGUGUGGGUGCUUGAUUGCCGUUGUGAGGUCAGAACGCUUGGAUCAACCCUACUUUCGUCCAGAGCAUCCAGUGUGUGCUCUGAACGCACCGAGAGCGAAACACUCUGAAUUUAUCAACGGACAAUCUGACAACGCUCUGAAUUUAGGAAUGGUCAAAGCACACUCUGAGCGCACUCUGUCACUCUAGAGACGAAUUUACGAACGCACCCAUAAUGUACAGUAUUAAAAUGUAACUUUUGCCAUAAAGUGACCACACAGACAGAAAGAGCUAAAGAACCUAGCAACAUAGUGAGCGGAUUAAUAUAGUUUGAGCUGUUGUCUUGUACACUUCUAAUAUAAGUGUCGCUUUAGCUUUCUACAUUUUUUUAAAUGAAAUAACUUAAUGCUUUAAUGAAUGUUGCAUCCAGGCAGCUACAAACAAUGUUUAUUUAUUUAACAUGUAUCAAUGGAUUAAACCAUAUUGAAGCUCCGGUGCAAUGCCUGUACAAGGAUCUACUGUGUUAGUUAGGUUGCUUUACUGCUGUUUGUUGUUUACAGAGACAACGUAGAAUACACAGCGUAUAUACAGUACUUGUAUGUUUUAAACAUGGGCCUAUAAAGAUGAUACAUAUAA